AUGGAUCUUCCUUCAACUCUGCUGCCGCGUGGUAUUGAGCAUAGCAGUCGCCAGGCGUCGGUAUUCGGGAUCGGGGUUAGUUUCGCGGUGUUCAUCAUGGUCGUGAUCGCUUUGCGAUUGUAUGUGCGGAUCUCCCUGAUCAACGCGAUCGGGGUCGAUGAUGUUCUCAUGGUUAUUGGUGCUAUAUUUACAUUUGGUCUGUCUGUCGCAUCCAUGAUAGCUGCAUACCACGGCACCGGGCGACACGUCGAGGACAUCCCAAUACCCUCCCUCCCACCUAUGCUCAAAGCCAUCUACUCUACUCGCCUAAUUUAUAUCAUCGCCAUGCUGUUUGUCAAAAUGUCACUACUCUGGUUCUAUCUACGCCUCGACCGCCGCCGACGCAUGAGAUGGACCGUAUAUUGCCUCAUGGUUUUCGUGAUCGGUAUUUCUGUAUCCAGUUUCUUCGUGCUCGCUUUUUCAUGUUAUCCACCCGCCAUGUUCUGGGAUGUCGAGGGAACUGUGAAAGGGAAGUGUAUGUCGCCAGGAUCGCAGCAGGCCUUUUACGACGCCAACGGUAUUUUGAACAUCGUGACGGAUAUCUUUAUCUACUUGACGCCAAUUCCGAUGUUGUGGGGAGUGAAGAUCUCCGGGGUACGUCGUCUUCCAUACUUCGUUCCAGUGUUGGUCCAUGAAUGGGGUUCAAUUACGAUAGAUGCUAACGGAACUGCUUAA